AUGUUUGUCAUAUUAAUUAUCUUUCUAACUAUUAUUAAUCCUUCAAUACAAUCAGAUCAACCAUCAUUAAAAUUAACAUUCAUUCCCGAUGAAGAAUAUUAUACAAGUGAUCAUCAAAUUGAUAUUCUAUGUGAAUUACUUAAUCCAAAUAAUAAUACAACAAUACCACAAUUAUGGUAUGUUGAUUUAAAAACUAGUAGACGUACACCAAUAAUACGUUUAUUUAUAAAUAAACCACCAGAUGAUGCACCGGAUUUACUUAAAAAAAAUUCUAAUAAACGUAUAGAAUAUAUUAAAAAAAAUCACUUACGUAUUAAAAAUUUACAAUUACAAGAUUCAGCGCGGUAUGACUGCGAUUGUCCUAAUUGUGAACAACAGCUAGAACCGCAAAGAAGAUUUUUACAAGUUAUGAGAAUAGUUAAACCUAGAUGGCAUAUUGAACCUGGUUGGCCAAUACAAGAAAAUGCUAAAACAACAAUAAAAUGUACAGUUGAUGAUUUCUAUCCAUAUGUAAGCCAUAAAAUAAUUCAUAAUCAUCACGAAAUGAAUGAUGGCAAGAGCGUCCUACCAAAUACUAAUACAUUUCCACAAAAAUUUUCUUGGGAAGCAAGUGUUACACCAACAGCUGAUUGGCAUAAUCAAACAUUACAAUGUACAGUUACUCAAGGUUUGUUUUUUUCUUU